ACGGCGGACAGGUCGGUCCCAGCGUCCGCCGGUGUCUCCUCCGGGGGACAGUGUCCCUGAUAUCUGCUGUACACUCAGACGUCCAUCUUUACCGAUGUGCGAGUUUGUCUCGUGAUAAAUAUGUAACGCUGUGGACCGCGCUGGAAGGGGCGUGGCUAGCAAGUAGUCACGUGACGGAACCAGGAAGUAAAGGGACGCGGUUCGUGUGGCCGGAGACGGUGGACAGGUCGGUCCGGACGGCUGUCCCUCCUCAGUGUCCAGCUGGUGUCUGCUGUGGCGUCUCGUGUCUCCUGUUUGACUCGUCGUCUCGCCGUCCAGCUCCAGCCCCUCCCCCGUCCCCGGUGAGACGGGACGAGGGCCAUGCCGGUUCCCGCCAUGGCCGAGCCGGCGGUCAGUCACCAGAGACGCUUCCAGGCCGCCGUGGACGUCAUCCACAACCUGCCCAAGAACGGCUCGUACCGUCCCUCCUACGAGGUGAUGCUGCGGUUCUACAGCCUGUACAAGCAGGCGGUGUGUGGACCGUGCAGCGUGUCUCGACCCGGCUUCUGGGACCCGGUGGGACGCUACAAAUGGGACGCCUGGAGCCGGCUGGGACAGAUGAGCAGUGAGAGCGCCAUGGCUGCUUAUGUUGAUGAGAUGAAGAAGGUGGCUCAGGAGGUCAUCGACACCAUGCCCAUGAACGAGAAGACGGCCUCCCUCUUCACACACUUCGAGCCGCUGUACCAGGUGAUCCACGACAUGCCGAGGCCGCCGCCGGAGCUGCUCAGUCUCAGAGAGAUGAAGAGUUGUGGUGAAGACCAGGAUGUCCUCGACCCGCCCGUUGGACCUGGUGUGGAACAGGAAGUGGCGUCCUGUGGUCAUGUGACCAGCAGCUCUCACGACCCCCGGGUGGCGGAGGGCGUGGCGCUGACCAGCGACUCGGAGAGCGAGGUGUUCUGCGACUCGGUGGAGCAGCUGAGCGCGGCGGAGGCGUCCGACCCGCACACCAACGGCGUCCGCCACGGGGGCCGGCAGGCGGGGGCGGGCCACGGAGGGGAAGGGGCGGAGGACGGGCGGGGCCGCGGGCCCCACAGGAGAGCCCGGGACUCGGACCGGGACCCGGGGCGCGAGGCUCCCCGGCACGGCUGGAGAGAAGGCGGAGUCCCACAGGGCGGGCCCGGGCCCGGGCGGCGGUCCCCGGGGGCCGGCGGCGGGGCGGGGCCGGGCGGAGGCGACGGGGCGGAGCCGCACGACGCCCGCCUGCAGCAGCAGAUCGUCCUGGCUCUCCGGCGGCUCCGGGAGGACAUGAGGAGCGUGAUGGAGCGGCUGGAGGCCGUGGAGAGGCUGGCCGCCGCCCAGGCGCAGGCCUCAGACUGGAGACGCUGUGGGCAGUGUGCAGCUCCUCAGCAGGACAGCUGGUGGUCCCUGGACGUGUCCUCCUCCACCCUGCUGCUCCUGCUGCUCUGGCCCUUCGCCGCUCAGGCUCUGGUCUUCCUGCUGAAGAGGCUCCAGCGGCGGACGGGCGGAGGCUCGGAGUGAGGACGGGUGGAGGGGGAGGGGCUCCACCCGCCUCCGCACCACUGACAGUAAUCUGGAGUCCAGACGGCGGAGCGUCUUCCCGAGACGAGACUUUCUCUUCAUUACACCUGGAAUCGUCUCUGACCGCCGCGAUCUGAAGCUGGUGGCUGUUCUUAUCGCUGCUCAAUAAAUCCUGUAUUUAAUG